AACAGAAGCAGACCCAGGUUAUCACUAAUGAACAGAAAGUAUCCCCUGCAAAAGAUAUUUUACCACUUAUCAAAGAUCAGUCUGGUAAAGAUAAUAAUAAUACUUCACUAGGAGAGGUGAUACCUGAGGUAUCGGUUCCUUCAACUUCGAUAUCCAGAAACACUAAACUCGGAAAGUCUGAAAUUUCAGCUGGGGCUCCCCUGCCAAAAAAUAGUCAUAGGAAAAAAGGAGCAGAGAAUAUUUCUCAAAUGAUAUCUGAUGGUAUUCGAGAUAAUACUUACCCUCAGAAUUCAAUUUCUGAUAUAUCUAAUGAUCUUUUAUUACAACAAAAUCAAAUUUCUUCUUUAGUACUAAUGCUUACUUUAGCUCAAUUAUUUGAUAAAGCAACCAUUGCUGAAUAUAGUGCUAUUUGUGCUAACCAAGAAGAAAUUUUAUGCUGGUAUUAUUACGGAAAAGAAUUUAUAAUUCAGUACAAAGAUAUAAUAAAAAAUAGCAAUGGUAAAAUUGGCGAGAAAAAAGCCAAAGACAGUUCUAUUGAUAAUUCCUUGAAUGAAUCACUAAAAGCUGAGGAAAGUAUACCUACUGAAUCUCAAAUUUCU